AUGCUCUCUUAUGACAACAACAACUUUCAUCAGCAAAACACCACCGAAGAAUCCAACAGAGGAACCAAUACCAAUCACAACAUGGCCCUUGAUGGACUUAAUCCACCCAAUUCCCGGACAAUGAACCAUAGUGAACUGCAUUGCUUCGUGGAAGACGACCAAAAGGGGGCCCUGGAGUCUAUACAGGGUAUUGAUUCUGCGAAAAUUCCCCUUACUAGAGCUAGCAGUGAAUUGCUAUCCUAUGUCCUCAGGCUACAUAAGGAAUAUAUGAACACUAAUCCUAGGACUCUUUCGCAUACCCUUUUACCAGACUGGUACAAAGUUGAACAGCUGAAGAUAUCUUCAUCUAUCCCUGAACAAGGCGCAUCACGGGGUACCAUAUCAGCGUUAACGUUCUUAAUGCGUGAUCCGUCGAACCUGCAAACAACGUUAGAGAAGCUCAAUGUUGAACCUGAUGAAGGACUGGAAUUUCCAACUCUGUAUACGGACCUGAAGGACAAGAUUCUAGCGGAAGUUGCAGGUGAAAAGCUCGUGUGUCGUCCCACAACAGCUUCACUCAUACUGGAAACUCUGAGCCAUGAAAAAGUGCGCAAGUUGGAAUAUCAGAAACCAACCUACCAUCACCAGCCGAAUGAUAAACUAGAAAAUUUCGAGCUGUGUCCACGCAUAGAGAAGAGUAAAGAAACCAACCAUAGCAGCGUUGUUAAAAAUGCUACAAAUACCGGUCGGCAACUUUUGCCAGCUGUACCGCGAGGUCCUCUCCUGCCGGGUCUAUUCUCAGCCUCCGACAGCGUUUCCAGCUUCAUUGAAACUCAUGGGAAAAGACCGCCCUGGAAUAACAAUAACAUGUCCAAUUCAAAACUCCAUAGCUUUGCCAAUUUCCACAAUACCAAGGUACCUGACCAACAGUUGCAAACAGCUGAGUUUCUGAUUCCGCGAAAAACUUCACCCGAGGCAGGUUUAUAUACCAUUCCCCUUGACGAACUGCCCACUACUAUUAGCUCCCAAAAACCCAUGGUACUCUUUCUGUCUACAGACCUCCUAAGAACUCACGGGCCGCUCGUCCACAAACUGGAAACCCUCUCAAAUCCGCCUACCCUGAUUUUUCAAGACCACUCUACACCCCAUUCAUAUAAUAUGGGCGAAGGAUUAUGUUUGCGAGAUGCAGAUAUAACACUUUCCCCCACGGUAGGGAUGCUUUUGGCAACUACCAUAGAUUUCAUGCAGCUACAUCUGCCAGGACACUCUAUUCAACUUGAAUCCGAUAUAAAAUUAAACUCACCUUUCCAGGAGAAAAUAUAUCGAACUUGCAAGAAGUAUGACGAACUUUAUAUCUUUACUCUCCACCAUGCGGAUCCAUCAACUCCCCUAGUCUCAGUAAAGCAAAAUACGUUCAACGCAAUGGCCACAAUUGGCGCCUUCUGCAACUCAAUGAAUAUAUAUUCAAAAGUAAGGGUGCUCAAUGUCACUUCGGACGUCACAAAUCUCGCUCACUGGGUUAUCAAUCUCGGGAAACGUCAUCAGAACUUGGUAUUACAAAGUGAUAUUGAACGCAUCAUUAGCGGACUCAACGGCUUGCCUCCACAGCGUCACUCUGGUGCCUCUGAUCUUGAACCUAUAUCCAGCACCUUAGACGAACAAUUUCUUACACAAUGCUUAGCAUUGAACCAUUUUGCUGCUGCAUUAGUUGUUCAUAUCCUGCUUCCUUCACUGGAGCAAACCCAAGAAAUAGACCAGGGGUUGUUGCUUACGGCUAGCUGUCCUGACGAGGAGUCCACUACAUUUCCGGUGAGCAAACGGCUCACCAUCGGCCUAGGUCGUCUUAUUGAUGGUAAGCCAGAAGAAAAGGCUUAUGCUGUAUACUUGCUUGGAGAACGAGCUUUCUCGCGAGUAAGGGAUCGCAGACGCCGUAUGCUUCUCAGCCCAUUUGUACCAAUGCUAGUUAGAGAAUAA